CCUCUAACACACACCAAAACCAAAAAAGGGCUUCUGCAAAGAACAUGUGAUGGAUGGACGCCCGGUGGCAAUUUAGCAGUGGAAGUUAGAAAGCCAAACAAGACUCCACCAGUCCUCCUUCCUAGCUUCAUCCUCCUCCUCCGGAAACACACAGCAAAAAGCUCAACGGCAGCAUCCACAGUCCCACACCACACAUGGCCUCGACCCAUCCCUACACGCUUCUCUGCUCUCUCCCUCUAUAUAAACACUUCUCCCAUCCCUUCCCCCAUUCCCCAUUACACCAAGAACAGCCAUCGCUCACAAUCUCCUACUACUGUACUAGCUUCAGUACACUGGUUGUUGUCCUGGCUUAAUUAGCGCGGCCGGCGAUGGAGAAGAAGCAGGGGAGCUACUACGGCAAGGGGCCGGCGGCGGCAUCGUCAUCGAUGGAGCUGGAGGAGGCCGGGUUGGGCUCGUCGGAGCAGCAGCAGCUGGUGGACGACGACGGGCGGCCGCGGCGCAGGGGCACGGUGUGGACGGCGAGCGCGCAUAUCAUCACGGCCGUCAUCGGCUCCGGCGUGCUGUCCCUGGCCUGGGCCAUCGCGCAGCUGGGCUGGGCCGCCGGCCCGGCCAUCAUGCUCCUCUUCGCCGGCGUCGUCUACUACACCUCCACGCUCCUCGCCGAGUGCUACCGCUCCGGCAAUGGCGCCUCCUCCGGGAACGGCAAGCGCAACUACACCUACAUGGACGCCGUCCGGUCGACUCUCCCCGGCGGGAAGGUGAAGCUCUGCGGCGCCAUCCAGUACGCGAACCUGGUCGGCGUCGCCAUCGGGUACACCAUCGCCGCCUCCAUCAGCAUGCGGGCCAUCGGGAAGGCCGACUGCUUCCACCGCGUCAAGGAGCAGGGCCAUGGCGGCGACGAGGCGUGCCGGAGGGGCUCCAGCAACCCCUACAUGAUGGCGUUCGGGGCCCUGCAGGUGCUGUUCUCGCAGAUCCCGGACUUCGGCCGCAUCUGGUGGCUCUCCAUCGUCGCCGCCGUCAUGUCCUUCACCUAUUCGACCAUUGGUCUCGCCCUCGGCAUCGCGCAGACCGUCGCGAACGGCGGCAUCCGGGGCAGCCUGACCGGCAUCCGCGUCGGCGAUGGCGUGACCUCGGCGCAGAAGGUCUGGCGCAGCCUCCAGGCCUUCGGCAACAUCGCCUUCGCCUACUCCUACUCCAUCAUCCUCAUCGAGAUCCAGGACACGGUGGCGGCGCCGGCGGGGUCGACGGAGGCGAAGGAGAUGAAGAAGGCGACGGGGAUCAGCGUGGCGACGACGACGCUCUUCUACACGCUCUGCGGGUGCGCCGGGUACGCAGCCUUCGGCGACGCCGCGCCGGACAACCUCCUGACCGGCUUCGGCUUCUACGAGCCCUUCUGGCUCCUCGACCUCGCCAACGCCGCCAUCGCCGUGCACCUCGUCGGCGCCUACCAGGUCUUCUGCCAGCCGCUCUUCGCCUUCGUCGAGGCCUGGGCCGCCGCCAACUACUCCUCCUCCUCCUUCGUCUCCGGCGAGAUCUCCCUGGGGGUAGGACUCUUCAGGUUCAAGGUGAGCGUCUUCAGGCUGGCAUGGCGGACGGCGUUCGUGUGCGCGACCACCGUGGUGGCCAUGCUGCUGCCCUUCUUCGGCGACGUGGUGGGGCUGCUCGGCGCCGUGGCGUUCUGGCCGCUCACGGUCUACUUCCCCGUGGAGAUGUAUAUAGUGCAGAGAGGGGUCAGGAAAGGGAGUGCUAGGUGGGUUUGCUUGCAGUUGCUCAGCGCCGCCUGCCUCGUCGUCUCCGUCGCCGCCGCCGCUGGGUCCAUCGCCGACGUCGCCGGGGAGCUCAAGGACGGGUACCGCCCCUUCAGCGGCUAGCUAGUUAAUCAAGGGAUGGUCACUACUGAUGAGGGUAGUGUAGGCGGUGAGCCUGUGUAGCACAGUAGCACCAUGUGUACGUACGGCGUUUGCUGCUGCAUGGAGAAGAAAGAGAAGGAAACAACUCUUUUUUUUUUUUUUUUGCUGAUCGAGCUUUGGAAAGCUUGUAUGUGUCAGUGUGUGACGUUUGUCAUGGAGCACCUUGUAAAUAUACUUGUUUUUUCCUUGGGAAAGAGCCCCUUCCACUAAAUUCAGUUGCAUCCUUA